GUGUUUGAUUUUUGUGGAGUUUAUUGGAUUAAUCCAUCUGGGUUUUGGUUAUUAUUAUUAAUUUUAUGAUUUUAGGUGAAAAAGUAUCAACCUUUACAAUAUUCACACUGUUUUAUUGCUUGUAUGUGUGAUAUUUGUGAAAAAGGUUGAAUCUUUUUGACUUGUGAUUACUUUUUUAGAUGCGGGAAAGGUGAUAAAUUUUGUGGGUGUGAUUGUCAAUAUUCUUUCAACAAUCAGGUUUUCGACUAGGGGUGUAAAAAAAUUUGGAGAAUUUUACAUAUGUAUAUGGUGUUUUAUAUACAUGUGUAUGUUUCUUGAAGGGGGUAUGUGAGUGUGAAAAAUGAGGAAUAAAGGUAUAGUCUGAAAUUGCAGUAUGAGUAACAGUAAUAGUGAGAAGAAGAACAUCAAAAGGAAAACAGAAGAAGGGGCAUUUGAUAGUAAUAAUAAUAAUAGCAACAAUAGUAAUAAUAAAUCGGGAACAGUUAAAUCAGGGUCGGGUUGCGCGAAAUCAGUGUGUUCUAAUGGGUCGAUCACAAAUUCGGACUGCACAAUCGAUGAACGGGUGCUGGUUGAUCCGAAGCUGUUAUUUAUUGGUACAAAAAUCGGAGAAGGGGCUCAUGGGAAGGUUUAUGAAGGAAGGUAUGGAGAUCGAAUUGUUGCUAUAAAGGUUCUCAACCGUGGGAGUACCACAGAAGAAAGAGCCGCACUUGAAGGCCGUUUUGCACGUGAAGUUACUAUGAUGUCAAGAGUUAAACAUGACAACUUAGUGAAGUUUAUUGGAGCUUGUAAAGAUCCUUUAAUGGUGAUUGUCUCUGAGCUGUUACCAGGGAUGUCACUCAGAAAGUACUUGGGCAGUAUUCGUCCAAACCAAUUGGACCUUCGUUUAGCUUUAAACUUUGCGCUUGAUAUUGCUCGAGCCAUGGAGUGUUUGCAUGCCAAUGGGAUUAUACAUAGAGAUUUAAAGCCCGAUAACUUAUUGCUCACUGCAAAUCAGAAGUCAGUGAAACUUGCAGAUUUUGGUCUUGCAAGGGAAGAAACUGUUACAGAGAUGAUGACAGCAGAGACUGGUACAUACCGUUGGAUGGCGCCCGAGCUGUAUAGCACCGUGACAUUGCGUCAAGGGGAGAAAAAGCAUUACAAUAAUAAGGUUGAUGUUUAUAGUUUUGGUAUUGUGCUUUGGGAGCUAGUGACAAACCGAAUGCCGUUCGAGGGCAUGUCAAAUUUGCAGGCUGCUUAUGCUGCUGCGUUUAAGCAAGAAAGGCCAAAUCUUUCGGAUGAUAUUUCACCUGAACUUGCAUUUAUCAUACAAUCAUGUUGGGUCGAGGAUCCCAAUCUAAGACCAAGUUUUGACCAAAUCAUACGCAUGCUCAACACAUUUAUCUUCACCCUCCCACCACCAACUUCACCACCACCAGAGGAAUGUGAUGCCACUGAGGAUGAGGCUGCAGCAACAGCCAGUAAUGGCAACACAAUGAAUGAGCUUUCUGCACGCUCAAGACGCAAGUUUUCUUUUAUUCGACAGAUUUUUGCUGCUAAAAAGACCAAGAACUCACAGUAAGCUUCCGGUAAGAUCUCGAGUCUUAAUUAAUUCUCACAUUUCUAGAAUAUAUGAGAUAUUCGAAACCAACUUGUGAAUCUGGAUGAAAAGUUAUUGAAUAGAUGAAAAAUAUUAUGUGGUAGGUGAAUAGAUAUCAAUGGAAGUGUUGUAGUUGACAUUGGUUGUAAAUGAGACACAUAAAAACUCAAGAUUUUUCGCUCAUGUUAAUAUGAAUGCAAUGGUGUAGUUUAGAAAA